AUGUCCGGUAACAAGAAAACAUCUGCAAUGUUAUUAGCCAAUAAAAAACGAGAUGAAUUAUUAAAUAAAACAUAUACAGUUGAACGUCUACUUAAAAGACGUAAACGAAAAGGUCGUAUUGAAUAUUUAGUUAAAUGGAAACAUUAUGAUAGAAGUCAUAAUUCAUGGGAACCAGAAGGAAAUAUUCUUGAUAAAUCACUUAUUGAAAGUUAUAAAAAACAAACUAAAUCAACAUCUCGACGUACUUUAUCACCAAGAAAAUCUUUACGAAAUCAAAAUGAUGAAUUAUCUCCUGUAAAAAAUGAAUCUGAAAAACAAUUAAACAAAGAACAAGAUGAUGAUGAUGAUGAUAAUGACAAUGAAGAGGAAGAACAAAAAGAAGAAGAAGGCAAUAACAAUAAUAAUAAUAACAAAGAAGAAAAAAUUCUAAAUUCUAAUUCAAUUGAUUAUUGGUAUCCACCUGUAUAUGAACAAAAAACUAAAAUUACAAUAACUGAUAUAACAUCAGAUAAUGUUACAAUUACAUUUCGAGAAAUAAUUUGA